GGAAAGCAGAAGACCAAAUGCUGAGGUGAGAAUGGCAGUAAGCAUAUUUUAACUGUUAUGCCACCAAGCAGGAGUAAAACCUUUCUUAGCAAAAUAAAUGAAAAUUGCAAAUGCAGAGCAGAUUCAAAACUGGUAUAUUCACUGGCUGCAGAUGCCAGUCAUGAUUUCUAUCAGACAGGCCACCUGCUUUGCAGAUUCCAAGUGCUAGACCAGGCUGUAAAGGCAGGAUCUUCAGAAAGUGAUGGUUUAGCAGCCAGGUGCUGCUCGUGCUCACAGGAUGGGUAGGCACCAGUGAUGAGAUUGUCCUCCUUGGCAGAUGGACUCAGUACCUUGAGUCCUGUCUGUCCACCAGCUCUUAUUGAAAUUAUUGAUGGACUUCUGGCCUGUUCAGUCAAUCAGGUGAUGUUGUCCUGCACACUGUUGUUUGUGAAGUUGUGUUAUUCAGGCUGUCUCAGUUUCUGAGUACCUUGUGUUUGGAUUUUCUCCAGUGCUGUUCUCAUAUUUCUUAUGAAAGGUUGCAGUUCAUAGAGAGCUGUUGCUGUACAGUUGAGACAGAAGGAAUUGUCCCCUCACAUUCCUGUUCAUCACCAUCUGGUGCCCACCAUGAUGCGGACAGGCACAGGCUUUGGGGACGCCGGGAUGCUGCUGCGCGUCGAUGAUGUGAUGGCGCUGCUCAGCCACGUUGCCACGGUGAAGGGCAUGAAAGCUGCAGUGGCCAACUCUGGCCGGGGAGCCAUGCUCACUGGGGCAUCUGCCUUUGUGGGGGGCAUGCUGGGAGGCCCUCCUGGAAUUGCUGUGGGAGGAGCACUGGGUGGAUUGCUUGGAUGGAUGACUUCUGGACAGUUCAAGUCAGUCCCUCAGGUUUUAAUGGAAUUGCCUCCUGCUGAGAAGCAGAAGCUCUGUGCUGAAGCCAUGGCUGUUGUCAGGAACUUAGACUGGACUGAUGCUGCUCAGCUGAUUGCUCUUGUAAUGUCAAACUCUGCUCUCACAGAAAAGGUAUUAGGAGUGCUGACCACUUACCUCACCCAUGAGUUAAAAGCACAACUAACCUAUGCAGAAUAAUCCUCUCCAGAGCAGGAUUUUUAUGCUGGAAUGUAUUUUACUCCCAUAGUUGUGAAUCUUCAACAAUUGCUAGGUAUCAGUACUUAUUAUAAAUAUAUGCUGAUCUAAGUUUGGGAUGUUAGGUUUUGGUGUUUGGAGGUUUUUAAAUUUUUAUCAUUAUUGUUAUAAUUUCUGAUUUGUAUGGAUUUGUAAGGAUAGUAUUAGAUUACUGCAUUAUCCUGACACAGACUUGCUAUGUAAUUUUGGAUUGCUCUGCACCAGGACUAAUUCAAAUUGCUGAAGGGAAUCAUGCUGCUCUUAGGCUAAUGUGUCGCUUGUGAAAAUUUUCAAAGUCAGUUUGUUUUAUUUAGGAGAAUGGAUUCUGUUUAAGUGCUUUAUUUUUUUUUUCCCUGUGAAUGACACACAAGGUGCCAAAGUAGCUGGGGGACUGAAGAAUUUUACCUGUUGUUUGUUUCAGCCCUGCAAAGGAAAGUUUUAUAAGGAAGUACAUUACUGUGAAUUUAAAAGACUCAGUCCAUAUUUUGUCACGUUUUUAUUGUAAUUCUUGAGUUAUCCUUUAUGUAAGAAAUGAAAUAAAUACUUAAACAAGAUUUCAAGUAACAGGAAAACAAUCUGUGAACACUUUCAAUCCAGUUUUCACCAGGCUUCUGUGCCCUGGAAUGGGAGUGUGGGACAUGAAAAAAAUGGGGAGCUGAAUCUGCCAGUUUUAUAUGAGCCCCAGGAUGAAGGUUGUCCUUUGAGCAUUGGUUUCUGGACUGAGUCUGUACAGCUGGUCCUCUGUUUUCAUUAAAAUGUAAAUAAGAAAC